AUGGCCUUGCAUUCCUCGGCGCCGUUGGGUUCCGCAGUGAACAAUGCUGCUGUUAGGCGUGAAGCCUAUGUGUGGCGGAGGCUCUUGCGUCCGAUAAAAAAGGUGUUGUGUUUGGCAGUCACGGCGUUCCACGGUGGACUACGACGAUCGGCGGCGUCAGCCUCACAAUGGAAGAUACUAUAUUGGAAGAGCAUCUUUGAUCGUGAAGCGGAUUCGCAAGCAUUGAUUGUAGAUUCAUUUUUUACUAGUCACAAAUUAGGAACGAGUGCUAAUGGUAGAGUUGUGAGUGCUAUUAUUUUAGAUAGCAAAUUUUGGGAUGAUUGCUUUACUGCAUGUAAACUUGUGGGCUCUUUGAUUAAAUUGCUGAGGCUUGUUGAUGCUGAUGAUAAACCAUCUUUGGGAUAUGUUUAUGAAGGAAUGUUAAGGAUAAAAGAUGCAAUUAAAAAGAUGUUUAAGCAAAACAAAACUGCAUAUCAACCGUACACAGAUAUUAUUAACUCAAGAUGGGACAAGCAUUUGAAGAAAGAUUUUCAUGCAGCAGCUUACUUCCUGAAUCCUGCAUUCUUUUUUAAUGAAAAUUAUAAGAAAGCACCUGCUGUUAUGCGAGGUUUACUUGAUCUUGUUACCUUGUAUUGCAAAUGUAAUAAUUUGGAUUCAGUUGAGACAAUGAAAGAAAUACAUUUAUAUAGAGAUCGGAAGGAAAGCUUUGAUAGACCCGAAGCUAUUCGAGUUGCAUCUAAACUUAAGCUUGAUGAAUGGUGGAGGUUAUUCGGUAGUUCUACUCCAUGUUUACAAAGGAUAGUUGUUCGCAUUCUUAGACAAAUAUCUGCUUCUUUUGGGUGUGAGAGAAAUUGGAGUUUCUUUUACCAUGUUCAUACAAAAAGAAGGAAUAGAUUGGAGCAUGAUAGAGGGAAUGAUAUUGUUUAUGUUACUUAUAAUUUGCGUCUUAAAUCCAGGAAGGAAAAAGAAAAAAGAAAGCAAAAGAUACAAUAUGAUCCAAUUGAUUAUGAAAGCAUCAAUUCAGUUGACUUUUGGGUGACGGAAGAGGUUGUAGAGAAAGCGCCUAAUCUUCCUAGUAAUGUGGAUGACUUAUUGCGUGAUGGCGGUGGUAGUAGUGGUCUUUAUGCUGUAUCUCUUGAUUCUUUUGCUCAAGAGGGUAGAAAUGAAGGUGAAGAUGAUCCCACCGAAGAAAAUUUGCAACAAAUUCUUGCGAAUUUUUGCGAAUUUUGA